AUUAUUCCGCCCGUCGCCUCCUGUCUCCUUCUCUCUUCUCUUCUCUAUUAUAUCCAGAUACUCAAUUCUUCUAUCUUCUAUCCAAAACAUCUCAAAAUCUAUCAAAAUGGUUAAGGCUGCUCUCCAAAGGUCCCCUGGGACCUUGAGCAAAUUUGAGCACCUUGUGAUCCUGAGCUCCCACUCCGAGCCUAUCGGCUUAGUUCCUCUGCCACAUCCAGCUGUAAUCUGCAACGUCCCUGUUGAAUCUCACAGCUUAUUUGUUGAUUUCGUGCGAUUUGCUUCUGGGUGGGAGCUUGGGAGAUCGGGACCAGCUUCCUGGCCUUCGAUCGACCUUCUAGAAUAUGACAUUGACCUUGCUGUCCUCCGUGGUGACGCCAAGGUCGCUGGCACCGUCACCUUUGAGCAGGCUGACGAGAGCGCCCCUACCACCAUCUCCUGGAACAUCACCGGCAACGACGCCAACGCCGAGCGUGCUUUCCACGUUCACCAGUUCGGUGACAACACCAACGGCUGCACCUCCGCUGGCCCUCACUUCAACCCCUUCGGCAAGCCCCACGGUGCUCCCACUGAUGCUGACCGUCACGUCGGUGACCUUGGCAACUUCAAGACCGAUGCUGAGGGUAACGCCAACGGUGCCAUGCAGGACAAGCUCGUCAAGCUGAUUGGCGCCGAGUCCGUCCUGGGCCGCACUCUCGUCGUCCACGCCGGUACUGAUGACCUCGGCAGGGGUGGCAACGAGGAGUCCAAGAAGACCGGUAACGCUGGUCUCCGCCCCGCCUGUGGUGUCAUCGGUAUUGCCGCUUAAAUGCGCAGUUCUCCUUUAUGAUUUUCGGACUUGAUAUCCCCCCUGAAAUUGAAUUUUGGGUGAAAAGUUCGGGUAGUUCCUGGCUGGAUACAUGAAUGAAUGAUAUUUUUUUACCAUGUGUGCUUGGUUCUAGACUGAUCU